AGGUGUCCUCCCGCGCCUCCCGCGCUGCCCACAGCUCUCCUUCUUGGGCCCUUCCGAGCAAGGGCCGCGCCAUGCCCAACCCCGGACAGCGGGGCUGCAGGCCGCUCCCUCUUUCGGGCGCCGGGGUCCAGCCCCAGCUCUCCAGCCGCUCUCCCCGGCCCGCGUUCCCCGCUCUGCCUCGCGGCUCGGCAAAUCCAGGCCCAGCCCGCGCGCCCGGACGCCUCGCGUCCUCCUUUUCCGUUGAGGCCAUCCUAGCCAGACCUGACCCCCGCGCGCCUACCACCUCCCCGCUGUCGGUCUCCGCUGGCGCCCACGGGGACCUCUGGAACGUGCCCUCCAGGCCUCCCGCCCAGGCUCUGCCCGGGGCGUGCCCGCCGACGUGGCUGCCCGCCUGCCUGAGCGCGGGGCUGCACCAGCCGCGCCCCCAGCCCCCUGCGCUGCGGCCCCUCGCCUCCCACUUCUGCGGCUUCCAGGGUCUCACCGUCACAGGCUUGGAGCUGGUUCACUGCCUAGGCCUCUGGGAUCCCCGAGACUGGGCCCAAGCUCAGGACCUUCAGGACACUGAGAGAUCCCCAAAGAGGAUUCGAACCAUGUUUAACUUGGAGCAACUGGAAGAACUGGAGAAAGUGUUUGCAAAACAGCACAAUAUAGUGGGGAAGAAGAGAGCCCAGCUGGCAGCCCAGCUCAACCUUACAGAGAACCAGGUGAGGGUCUGGUUCCAAAACCGAAGGGUCAAAUAUCAGAAGCAGCAAAGGCUGAAACUGCCAGCUGCAUCUGCCAUGGCUGCCUCUCCAGACGAGCCCUCCAGCAGCUCUGACACCAGCAUCCAGAGAGAAGACGCCGAGUCAGGAAUGGACAGCUGAGGACUUCAACAAAGGCUCAGUCCAGGCUGGGCUAGUUCUUCCUGGAAGCACCCAUCAGACCUCCUUGUUCCAAUUCUU